AAUGUAUCUAGAUAAUGGGAUAAAUAAAAUCAGAAAAGUUUUAUGAAGGUUCGUCAGCCAGUAGAAAGAGCCAUAGAAUAACAAUAGCAGUUCGUCCCUGAACAUUGGCGAGUGAUAAUCGAUUCAAGCCAAAAGCUGCAGCCGCAGCAAUCGAUCACGUGCAUGUUUUCCUUAUAUCUACAUAAAUCGUCUAUAAGAGUUCAGGAAACAGAAUUCGUAAGAUCGUUUAUUGUUUGUCUACAACAUGCGUCGAAUAUAGGGAGAGACAGCGAAUAAGGAAGAUAGGGGGAUUGAGAGUCAUAACAGUUGCAAAAGAUUAAAAGCAAUGAGACAACACUAAUGCGACAAAAAAAGAAUUCCUAUAUUCUUUGAGAUUUAAGUACAUUACUUAACAUAUACGAGUAUUGGUGCAUUUAGUUGGAAAGCGUAAACUUUCUCCAGAGAGAAAUCUGUUACGAGAAAGUUAAUAAAUCGAAAUCAUCUUCGAAUUACCUCUUUCUAGCAUUCUAUAUUUUUAUGAAAAUAAAAUCGUUUUAAAUAAAACAAAAUUUCUAUCAGUUUGUAAUAUACAAACUUAACAGAACAAGAGACGCAGUUUCUUUCUAAGAUGAUUGCACAAUAUUGUCCAACGACUGAACAACCAACCGAGCAACAUACUUAAUUUUCAUCGAUUUAUCCAUAAUAAUUACCUAUUAAUGCACAAUAUUAUAGCCAUCAUUACCAUAUACGUAUAUUAAGUGGAAAUGCUCAAGAAUCGAAAGUUGUUUCCGUUUAAAAAAGAGAAAACUGGUCUGUCAGUGGACCGAGAAGGUACCAAUAAGUCCGUGAUCCUCAUUUCAUUUCAGACUGCAGGACGAUUAACAUCCCCGUUCGUGUGUCAGUGUUCGAUUUCUUUCUAACGAAAUUGUAUACCAAGUAAGUUGUUCAAUUUACAUGGAUUUGGGCGAAAAAUUGCACGAUUUUGUCGUUACAUCGAGUAUAAUCUUUGCAGUGGACAACAAAUUUCUUAAUUUCACCACGAUCGAAGGAGAUGUAGGACGAAGAUUGGAUAAGAUGUUUGGCGUGAAACCUAGUUUCCUAAGAGUAGAACCAGGCCAUUGUUUAUUACCACCCCAAUUCGUUUUUCAUGGGGUGAAUAUCAGGGAUAUGGAAAUCUAUGACGAUGAUGUGUGGAUGAUUUCAUAUCCGAGAACUGGUAGUCAUUGGGCACAGGAAAUGGUAUGGUGUAUCGCAAAUAACUUCGAUUACAAAAGUGCUGAAACUCUGUUUCUUUUACGUAACCCGUUGCUCGAAGCUUCGUCAUUGAUGGUCACAGGGGACUCUGUGGAAUGGUUUUCGAAGAUGGGUGAUUCGGUAAAAUACGUUAUGAAGAUGCAACGACCCAGAUACGUUAAAUCUCACCUCCCUUUCGAUUUAUUGCCACAGCAAAUCCAUCAAAAGAAACCAAAAGUCAUCUACGUUGCUAGAAAUCCAAAGGAUACCUGCGUAAGCUUUUAUCAUUAUUGUAAGAAAUUUCAUAAUAUAGUGGGGAGCUUCGAAGAAUUUGCUGACUUGUUUUUAGAUGACAGUAUACCAUUGACUCCGUUUUGGAAUCACGUUUUGAAAUUCUGGGCUAUAAGAGAUCAAGAGAAUGUAUUAUUUUUAACGUAUGAAGGAAUGAAGAAGGAUCAAAAGGAAACGAUUAGGAGGACAGCAGAAUUUCUGGGGAAAACUGCGACAGAGGAACAAAUCGCUGAUCUUUGUGAGCACUUAAAGUUCACAAAGAUGGCAGUUAAUCCCGCCAUAAAUAUGGAAUUAAUUGUUCCACAGAAGGACGUGCCAGAGAAUGACAAAUUUAUAAGAAAGGGCAGAGUCGGUGAUUGGAAAAACUAUAUGUCCGAAGGACUGUCUCAAAGAUUCGAUAAAUGGACCGAAAAGCACUCGGGCGGAAGUGGCCUUGACUUCGACAAACAAACGAUUCUUUAUGACGAGGACUGAAAAUUAUCUACCGAAGUGUGUAUACUCUAAGUUUAGGUUAUACAAGAACCGAUAUUUGUGUAAAAUAAUUACAUUCGUUUUAACUGUUAUACUGUUAUUUUUAUGUUAAUGUACAUAUGCUUAUAUAGUUACAUAAAUCUGUACGUAUCGUUGUCGAUAAAAUAUAUUAGAAAAAUAGCAAAAUGUAUGUAUGUGUGUGUAAACAGAAGUUCAGUAUAAAUUAAUGUUAUUUACUCAUUAAUUACGCCAAGCUCAAUGCCAUAUAUACACUUGUUGUACAACCGGUUUUCUAAUAAUGGACAGCAACUACAGUUUUU